AUGUCUACCGACGAACAGGAGUCGUCCAUCCUCGACGUCGACGCCCUCCAGCAGCAAGGAAUCUCGGCGCAGGAUAUCGCCAAACUCCGCACGGCUGGGUAUGCGACGGUGUUGGGCGUCGUGCAGGCUACGAGGAAGUGUCUGACCAAGGUCAAGGGUCUGAGCGAGAUCAAGGUCGACAAGAUCAAGAACGCGGCGAACACCCUCUGCCCGCAAACCUUUCUCACCGGCGCCGAGUGCGCCCUCCGCCGCGAGAAAGUCAUCUUCAUCUCCACUGGCUCGGCCUCGCUCGAUGCGUUGCUCGGAGGGGGAGUGCAGACGGGGAGCAUCACUGAAGUGUACGGCGAGUUCAGGACUGGCAAGACCCAGCUCAGUCACACGCUUUGCGUCACGAGCCAGCUCCCCGUCGACAUGGGAGGCGGCGAAGGCAAGGUCGCCUUCAUCGACACCGAAGGCACGUUCCGUCCUGACAGGGUCAAGUCCAUCGCCGAGCGCUUCGGCGUUGACCCGCAGGCUGCGCUCGAGAACGUCGUCGUCGCGAGGGCGCACAACUCGGAGCACCAGAUGGAGCUCAUCACCGCUCUCGCCGCGAAGUUCGCUGAAGAGCAAGGCGCCUACCGUCUGCUCAUUGUCGACUCGAUCCUCGCACUCUUCAGGGUCGACUAUGCUGGCAGGGGCGAGUUGAGCGACAGGCAGCAGAAGCUCAACCAGAUGCUCUCACGCCUCACGCGCAUCAGCGAAGAAUUCCAAUGCGCCAUCUUCCUCACGAACCAGGUCCAGUCGAGUCCGGAUGCGAGCGCGAUGUUUGCAGGUGGAGACAAGAAGCCUGUUGGUGGUCACGUCAUGGCCCACGCCUCCGCGACGAGGGUCUACCUUCGCAAGGGUCGCGGCGAAGAGCGCGUCGCCAAGCUCGCCGACUCGCCCGACAUGCCCGAAGGCGAAGCGACGUACAAGAUCACCGUCGGCGGGAUCAUGGACGCCUAA